GUAUUUGUUGAAGUUAACAAUCAACAAUAAUUGGUUUCAUAGACUAAUGAUUUUUUCAUACUUAUUACUGAGUAUUAUUAAAUAAUCUUUAACAUUAUCAUUAUGGCUGUAAGCACAGUUAACUUGCAAUUCGAGAUGAACGCGGAAAGAAUUGAAAAUUACGUUUGUUCCACGAAUUUCAUGGAGCGAAUAAUAAAGGCUUCUGUGAUGAACAUAAUUUACCAUAGGCUUCCAAUCCCGGAAAAUUUUUUUGAGAUGAAAGAAUACCGCUCAAUUCCAUACCGCGGAUUGAAAAAAGAAUACACCCGUACAGGUAUUGCUCAGCUUUAUAGGAAGUGGAUGAAAGGUUUCAAGGACGCAUUUCGUAAAAAAUACCUCAAGGAAUUCAUACUAUUUUUCUCUGAAGACAGUGGGAAAAUCGAAGAGACUUUCAGGUUCAAAUUUAAAUAUGAAGAGAGAAUGAUCAAGGAUAAAACAUCUAAAAAUAGAACAGAUCCGUCAGGAUCUGUACAGAUCUUGCUGCAGAACCUUAUUGCUCUGGGGGAUAUGCCCAAACUUCCCUUAGAGAUACAAAUGCACGUGGAAUUGUUCUACUUCGAAGGAACUCCCGAAGAAUAUAUCCCACCGUAUUUUGACAUAGAGGAUUACAUAUCUACGUUAAAGAGUAAAAUGGAACUCCAAUCGAAUCUUGAGACGCCCCUGGCAAGGAUCGACACGGGCUUUCAUUUCUUCAAACUUUCGUUUAAAACAAAGAACGACAGUCAAUUUCUUCAAGACAGUGAAAAAAACCAGAAAACUAUCACAACUAUCGAUGAGAUCAGCAAUUUAUCCAGAGAGGGUGUUUCAUUCAAUUUGGAUUAUAGUGGCAUUGCAUAUAAUGAUGGUUAUGACGUCAUGAAUUUGGAUGAUGAAGAUAUCGAGGCCAUAGCUAAUUCUGUGUUAAAAUAAAAAUUAUUUCUCAAUGUGUUAAAUGUUUUGGUGUUCUAUUUAUGAUUUCAAUUUGUUGAAUUAUUAAAAUGAUAAUAUUUA